ACUCUCCAGCCAGAGCAGAGGAAGACCACAAACCACCGUCCAUAUGGCUACCAUCUUCUCCAGCGGCAGCUUCGUUUCCAGCAGGUCCUCUAUGGGCUCCUCACGCUUCUCUGCAGGUGGAGGAGGUGGCGGCAUCAGCUCCAUGAGAGCUGGCAGCGUGUACGGAGGCGCAGGAGGUUCAGGGGUCCGUAUCUCCAGUGCCUCUCGCUCCAUGGCCUCAGCAGGUUCAGGAAGCGGCUUUGGCUUUGGAGGUGGAUUUGGUGCUGCAGGUUCAGGAUUCGGUGCUGGUUCAGGAUUCGGUGGUGCUGCAGCUGGAGGAGGAUUCAGCGUCAGUGGUGGAGCAGAUGACAGCAUCACUGGCAAUGGAAAGUUCACCAUGCAGAAUCUCAACGACCGUCUGGCUGCUUACCUGGAGAAGGUUCACUCCCUUGAAAAGGCCAACGCUGACCUUGAGCUGAAGAUAAGCCAAUUCCUUGAUAACAGAGUCUCUCCUACAGGUGCUACUCAUAACUUCUCUGCCUUCGAAGCUACUAUCAGUGACCUCCAGGCUAAAAUCUUGAGUGCCUUGAAGGAAAAGAACACAGUGCACCUCAGCAUUGACAAUAUCAACUUGGCUGCAGAUGACUUCAGAAUGAAAUAUGAGAACGAGCUGGCGAUGCGUCAGUCUGUGGAAGCCGACAUCGCAGGGUUGAAAAACGUUCUCAGCGAGCUCAACAUGAGUCAUAAAGACCUCAACCUGCAGAUCGAAGAGCUCACAGAGGAGCUGGUCUACAUUAAGAAGAAUCAUGAGGAGGACCUCUUGGCCUCUCGUGAUCAGAUGAGUGGACAGGUCAACGUGGAGAUUGAUGCCGCACCACAGGAAGACCUCACCAAAAUUCUAGCUGAGAUGCGUGAGCACUACGAGACGGUCGUGGCCAAAAGCCGGAGAGACCUUGAAGGCUGGUUCCAGCAGAAGUCUGAGACCUUGAAACAAGAGGUGGUAACAAGCACAGAGACCUUGGAGAUAUCGAAAACUGAGGUCAACACUGUGAAGAGCACAGUGCAGUCCCUGGAGGUGGAGCUUCAGUCUCUUGUUGCCAUGAAAUCAUCCAUGGAAGGCACCCUGAGUGAGACUCAGAAUCGCUACGCCCUGAAGCUGUCUGGCUACCAGGCACAGGUGGGUGGAAUGGAGGGUCAACUGGUGCAGCUUCGUGGAGAUCUGGAGCGUCAGAGUCAAGAGUACCAGAUGCUUCUGGACAUCAAGACCAAACUGGAGCUGGAGAUUGCAGAGUACAGAAGACUGCUGGAUGCAGAAGCCAGCGGCAGCCUCACAAUCUCAGGCAACUCUGACUCCAGCUCCUCCUCCGGCUCGAUUGCUUCCACUAAAACAGCUAUGAUCACCGUUGUGGAAGAGGUGGUUUCUUCAACAUCCCUUGUUAAGUGAAGCGAACCAGUCGUGAUGGUUGGAGAACAGAGCUGAAGCUCCUCUCAUGCUGUCAGAAUAUAAUUAUCUUUGAGCAUUUACAACAACAAUAAAACUAAUGUCAAAGACAAAA